UUAUUAAUAUUAUCUGAUCCUCAGUAUCAAAAAAAAUAUUUUUCAAGAAAAAUAAAGUCCCCACUUGCGUGAGGAUACGCGGAAUGGGCGGUUCUGUUCACACCCACCGCUUUGUUUACUUAUUUAUCAAUUGGUUGCCUUUUUCCCUUUCUCUGUUUUUCUUGCAACUGCCGUUGCGGCAUACUAUUCAUUCAUAAUCCCACUAUAAAUAUCUUACGGUUUCAUUGACCCUCACGUUUCUAGCCAUCUCUUUGCCAUAUACCUCUCUCUCUCUCUCUCUCUCUCUCUCUCUCUUCUCUUCCUCCUUCCUAUAACCACGGCCCAACUUUAAUUUGCGACUCAAAGUUGUCGUUUAUAUUUUGCUUCUUCUCCUCGCCCUCAUCCCAUUCCGUCAUGGAUUUAGAGUAUGAAUAUCAAGAAGGAUACAGAAGGAACUCCAGGGGAGUGCGGCUCUUCACCUGCGCUUGGUUGCCGCUUUCGUCUCCCAAGGCUCUUGUUUUCCUCUGCCACGGGUAUGGUAUGGAAUGCAGUCGCUCCAUGCGAGAAUGUGGAGUGAGGCUAGCGAGCGCUGGGUAUGGCGUGUUUGGAAUGGAUUACGAAGGACAUGGACGUUCUGAAGGUUCCCGCUGUUACAUCAGAAGGUUUGACAACCUUGUUAACGAUUGCUAUGACUUUUUCAAGUCUCUUACCGAGCUCAAAGAUUAUGAAGCAAAGGGCAGGUUCUUGUAUGGAGAGUCCAUGGGAGGGGCCGUGGCCUUGCUCCUGCAUAAAAAGGACCCCCACUUCUGGGACGGCGCCGUUCUCGUCGCCCCCAUGUGCAAGAUAUCAGAGAAGGUGAAGCCACACCCCGUGGUUAUAAGCAUUUUGACGACAGUGGAAGAUGUCAUACCGGCAUGGAAGAUUGUGCCCACCAAAGAUGUCAUUAAUUCAGCCUUUAAAGACCCUGCCAAACGAGAAACGAUAAGGAGAAACAAGUUGAUAUAUCAGGACAAGCCAAGGCUGAAAACAGCACUAGAAAUGCUACGAACCAGCAUGAAUCUGGAAGAGAGCCUGCACGAGGUGACUCUGCCAUUCUUUGUGUUGCAUGGAGAGGCGGACACGGUGACGGAUCCGGAAGUGAGCAGGGCAUUGUACGAGCGAGCCAGCAGUGAAGACAAGACCAUCAAACUGUACCCAGAGAUGUGGCAUGGCUUGACAUCUGGCGAGCCCGACGAAAACAUCCACACCGUGUUCUCCGACAUCAUAGAUUGGCUCGACAAGCGAGCCGGUGAUGCCGUUCAAAAUCGCACUACUCUUCCUCCAAUUGAACACAGCCAGACCAUUGACUAUGGGGUCGAGAAAGUCACGACAGCUGCUUCGCAAUUGCCAGGCAAUGAAACGCAGCAGCGUUUACGGAAAACACGAGCGUGUCCUAGCUAUUUUUGUGGGUUGAAAGGACGGCGUUUGCAACAUCACUCCGCAAUGUAGAAUUAUUGUAUCGACCCUGUAAUUUUAUUUGCUUUCAAACUUUUGGAGUUGGACGCCACUGAUUUUAAUUAUAUAUACGCGCCUUCUGGAGCAAGAGUUGCCCC